GGGGUGGUUGUGACAGGGAGAGAAGGGGGUCAUCGAAAGAUUGGGCACUCGAGAAAGAAAUCCCCAUUCCACUCUAGAAAAGUUGUAGGCAACUAUAAGGAUCGCACGUUACAGGGUCCGCAACAGAAGAUAUAUCUGCUCUUUCCCAAGUCUUUCACCAAGGAAUAACGCGACACGACUGAAGAGAAUGGGGACCGGAAUCCAUCGCAGACAUUACUUGGUGUGGUGUUGUGCAUUGAUUACCGUGUCUCUGACUAGAGCAGAAAAGCAAGCUGCUGGUAGAAGGUCUCGUCAGGCCCUGGAGAGAGAGGGGCAGGAGGGGGUGUGGGGUCCGUGGGGCACCUGGACAGACUGCUCGCAGAGCUGUGGUGUGGGGGUGUCAGAGAGGCAGAGGCAAUGCCUGCCCCCACCCCAAAUCCCUCACAACUGGGGGGUGCCUCCCGUUUUACCCCCAGGACUCCCCAACCACUCCCCUGUCAUUUCAGCCCUGCACCCCUACUACCCCUCCCAACACUCCCAGUCCAGCUCGGCCCAGUUCGGGGGCGGGGAAAUGUCCCCAUUCUUUACCCCUCCACUGAGGCCCAAUCAGAGCCCUGGGAUAUCCAUCUACAGGAACAACCCGGGAGGGCCUGCGGCAGAUCUGUCCAAUCCCGGGGCUCCGUUUUAUCGGCCGCCCGCCCAAUUCCUCCCACCCAAUCGGGAGCCGGCCUCCAUUUACCGUCAGCGUCCGUUCCCGUCCUCCUCACUCAGCUACGGCCAAAGGAGGGCCUCCAUGCGGGCGACCAAUCAGGGCGCAGGCAGAGCCGGAGGGGGCGGGAGCAGGAGGUCAGGGGUAUCCAGUCGGGACGCAGCAUCUUCAAGAAGAUCGCCUUCCUCCGGCUCCCUCAUUCGCCCGGGCCAGUUCGGCUACGGCAGAGUGCCCUUCUCCCUGCCCCUCCACCGGCCCAAUCGGAACGCCCGCCACACCUCCAGCCACGGGGGCAACGGCACCACCGCGGCCCCCGAGGAGGAGGAGGAGGGGCGGGAGAGGGUGGCUAGCGCAGCAGACGCCGGGCCUGACGCGGAGAGGAACGACGAGGGAGACGGAGAGAGAGAGCUAGGGACCAGAGCGGAGGGAGGAGGAGAGAACAGGGAGGAGGCGGGAGAGAGGCCGGGAGGGAACGGGAACGCGGGAGAGAGCGCUACCUCCGCGCCGGACCGAGCGGAGCCCACGCCGGCAGCCAGACCCACGGACAGCGCACCGGACAGACAGGGGCCGAGAGACACUCCCAGACACACAGACACUGGCAGCCCCAGACAGACGGACAGACAGGCCGACAGGAACCCCAGCAGACGGACAGACCCACAGACGAACAGAUACAGGCCCACGCACACUGGCGCCCACGCCAACAGACACCCGCAAACGAACCGCGGAAGACAGGCGGACAGACGGGUCCCUCCGCCCUUCUCUCCCUCCGCCAGUCGCUUCUCUCCGCAAAGAGACCCCCCCUACGGCCUUCCGCCCUCCCUCCCCCAAUCCCGCCCCCGCUCCCCCCAGCACACCGGCCCCCUGAACCCCGACGUCUGGCUCCUGCAGAACCACGGGGGACUGACGGAGGGGGAGCCCGAAGGAGCCCCGCUGGGAGGGCCAGCUGGGGGACACUGGGGGCCCCAAACGGCCCCUCAGAAUGUCAAGUGCUCUGGCCCCGUGAAGGAGUACCGGAGAUGCAGUGAGCAGUCCUGUCCAGGGCGUCCUGUGGACCCCAGGGCUGAGCAGUGCUCCGUCUUCAACAGCCAGGAGUUCAUGGGGAGGCUGUACACCUGGGAGCCCUUCACCGAAGUGGGCCAGGAGCAGCAGUGUGAGCUCACCUGUAGGCCGGCUGGGUUCAGGUUCUACGUGCGGCAGGCGGAGGCAGUGAGGGACGGCACGCCCUGCUCCAACAGCACUGCCAGUGACGUGUGCGUGGGGGGACGCUGCCUGAGUGAGGGGUGCGACGGUGUGUUGGGUUCAGGCCUGGUGCGGGACAGAUGUGGGGUGUGCGGAGGGCGGGACGCGUCCUGUCUCCGGGUGACCGGAAGCUUCCAGAACACCAGCGUGCCCCUGGGGUACCACCGCAUUCUGGACAUCCCGCCGGGAGCCACCGCCAUCAACAUCACGGAGAAACGGGCCAGCCCCAACUACCUGGCUCUACGCAGUGGAACGGGCCAGUCGGUGGUGAACGGGCGCUGGGCGGUAGACCCCCCCGGGGAGUACCAGGCAGGGGGCACCACCUUCCUGUACAGCCGCCCGUGGGUGGGACCAGAGGGGCAGGAAGAGGGGGCAGGGGAGAAGCUAACUGCCCCAGGCCCCACCACCACCCGGCUGCAGCUCUAUAUAAUCUAUCACAGACAGAACCCGGGGAUCGACUACGAGUACUACAUACCAGUGGAGAAGAGCGAGGGAGAGAGGGAGCGUGCGAAAGAAAGAGAGGGAGGAAGGGCCUCUCUCCGAGACGUCAGUGCCCUGACGUUAGCGGCGGAGGAGCCCCGGCCCCUGCCCCCUCCCCCCCCGCCCUCUUCGGAGAGGAGGUGGUCGCCGCCCCGCCCGCAGGGCUCCGCGCCCAAUCGCAACGCCCGGAUCCCCCCGCGCACCGACCUGCCCCUCGACACCCAGCGGCCCUUCGUGUGGCGGAGGGGCGAGCUCACCGAGUGUUCUGCUUCCUGUGGCAAAGGGCUCCAGCACAGGGCGGUUUUCUGUGUCAAUCGCCACACCGAAGAGCAAGUUCCCGACAGGAAGUGCGACUCGGCGGUGAGGCUUGCCGUGGAGGACGAGCCGUGCAACGUGCACCCCUGCCCGCCCUUCUGGGAGACAGGGGCCUGGUCGGACUGCAGUGUAUCCUGUGGCUGGGGGGCCCAGCAGAGACAGCUCCAGUGCAGGCAGAGCUUUGGGAACCGCUCCACCAUGGUGCACCCCCAGCGCUGCGCCCUCCUGCCCCGCCCCAACGCUACCCAGCCCUGCCACCUCCGCAUGUGCUCCCACUGGGAGAUCCGCACCAACUGGAGCUCCUGUUCAGUGGACUGCGGAGUGGGGAAAAGGAUGCGGAGUGUCCGUUGCGUCAGUAACCACGGCAAUAUUGUGAAAGACCAGGAGUGCAAUUCCAGGAGCCGCCCACAAGGCAGUGAAGAUUGUCACAUGGGACCGUGUGUCACAAACUGGUACUUCACGGGCUGGUCCCACAUAUGUUCGGCAGAGUGCGGCCCUGGGGUCCAGCGGAGGGACGUGGUGUGCCUGACCAGCGGAGGGCGGAGAGAGGGAGAGGGAGGAGGAGGCUGCACGGGGGAUAAGCCGGCGGACAUGAAGGCCUGCAACGGAGGCCUGUGCGUGGCCACACACCUGUGGUACACCGGGCCCUGGGGACAGUGCAGCGUUGCCUGUGGGAACGGCACCCAGCGUCGCGACAUCAUCUGCGUUCAGAAACUGGGGACUGAAUUCAACGUGGCGCCGGCCAGCCAGUGUGCGCACCUGGAAAAGCCUUCCCCCGUCCAGACCUGUGAGAUGGAGCCGUGUGGCCCACAGUGGUUCACUACUGACUGGAGCACGUGCUCUCGUUCAUGUGGGAAAGGACUUCAGGCGAGGGAGGUACGGUGUCUCACGCCGGACAAUCAGUACAGCGCAGAUUGUGACCUCAUCAACAAGCCUGAGCUAGAACAGAUCUGUAACAUUAUACCAUGCAGCCCCCUUGUCCCAGAUGAGAACUGCAGAGACAAGCGGCACAACUGUGUAAUGGUGGUCCAGGCCCGCCUGUGCGUUUACUCCUACUACAAAACAGCGUGCUGCGCUUCCUGCACGCAGAGUGCCCAGAGGGCCAAGAGGCACUGAGCACAGGGCAGAGACCCAACACCCAGAGACCCAACACCCAGUGACCCCACACCCAGCACCCCAGCA